AUGGAUUUACUCCGCCUGAACUUCCCGCGCAUGUUCAAGGAGCUCACCUUAGGCGAUGUCUCCGAGCAUGCCAACAAAUACUACAUCACCGGCGACCACGGUCGCACAACAUCUGAACAAGACAGCAGCAGCGACGUGCUCAUCUGCGAUCAACGGUACCUCGACUCGCUCAUCUGCAAGAUGAACAGCAUCGAGAUGAGGCUUGCGAUGUGGGAGCUGAAGUGCACGAGGCCCGGACAGUCUCACGACUUCAAGUUGCCCCAAGACGUCUUACUUCGAGAGGCAUUCGCGGAUUUGCUCGACGUCACUUCGCACGUCCAGCGACUGAGGGAUAAUCCGAUACUGUUCGGCGACUCGCGCGUUCAGCAGCAUUUCUUUGUCACCGCCAAGGCCAUCUUCACUGCCAUCUUCAUGUUGAUCAUGCAUGCUGUGAAAGCUGACCAGGUGCUGUCGAAUGCUGAGCUCCGGGAGCGCGAGGCCACAUCGUCCUCGCCCGUCUUCCCGGGCACCUCUCAACGGAUUCCACCAUGGCAGAGCUUCUGUGCUCCCGUGGCUGUCAAUCCCGAAGCCGAAAAGACGAAGGAAAUCGAAGCAGCUCAUCCCGGGUACCGGCUGGUGCAGAUGCAGUCUCUUCCUGCUCAGGGUGUACUCAUCGCGGAGCACUGGCGACGCAAAGUCGAAAGCUUCGUCGGGGGAAUAGCCAAGGCUUCCGCAGAUCCUCAGCUCGUGCUCAGACAGAAACCACAACCCAUGGACAUUUUGCAACAGAGCAAGCGAAAGUGUAUAGGCAAAGUGGUCGCCGUGCGCAUCUUGAAGCCAACAAGGAUGAGAUCAUUCAAGCCAGAGGCCGCUCAGCAUCUUGCCUUCGGGGAGCAGCAUCCCGUUGAGGUCGGUCGCUCAGCUCGUUUGAUGGCCAAGCUAUUGCGGGAAGAUACUACGCUUGGCAGCAGUAUUGCUGUGGGUUCGGCUGUAUUCAUCAAGGACGAGAAUGUUGACCAUGAGGUGGCCUGA